GCGCCUGCCGCCGCCGCCCGCCGCCCGCCGCGCGGACAGAGGGAGCGGGGUCGCCGCCGCCUGCCCGCCCGCGUGCCCGGGCUGCGGUGGGCCAGGAUGUCGGGCUUCCUGGAGGAGCUGCUCGGCGAGAAGCUGGUGACGGGCAGCGGCGAGGAGGUGGACGUGCACUCGCUGGGCUCCCGCGGCAUCUCGCUGCUCGGGCUCUACUUCGGCUGCAGCCUGAGCGCCCCCUGCGCGCAGCUCAGCGGCAGCCUGGCCGCCUUCUACGGCCGCCUGCGGGGGGACGCGGCGGCCGGGCCGGGGCUGGGGGCCGGGGCGGCCGCGGAGCCCGAACCGCGGCGCCGCCUGGAGAUCGUCUUCGUGUCCUCGGACCAGGACCAGCGGCAGUGGCAGGACUUCGUGCGGGACAUGCCGUGGCUGGCGCUGCCCUACAAGGAAAAGCACAGGAAGCUUAAACUUUGGAACAAAUACCGAAUUUCCAACAUUCCAUCACUAAUAUUCCUAGACGCAACCACUGGGAAAGUCGUGUGCAGGAAUGGGCUGCUGGUGAUCCGUGAUGAUCCAGAAGGUUUGGAAUUCCCUUGGGGACCUAAACCCUUCAGGGAAGUCAUCGCAGGGCCCUUGCUAAGAAACAACGGGCAGUCCUUGGAGAGCAGCAGCCUGGAAGGCUCUCACGUGGGAGUCUAUUUCUCGGCACACUGGUGUCCACCCUGCCGCAGCCUCACCCGGGUCCUGGUGGAAUCCUACCGGAAGAUCAAGGAGGCAGGCCAGAAGUUUGAGAUCAUCUUUGUUAGUGCGGACAGGUCAGAGGACUCAUUCACGCAGUACUUCAGUGAGAUGCCCUGGCUCGCUGUCCCCUACACCGACGAGGCCCGGCGAUCGCGCCUCAACCGGCUGUAUGGAAUCCAAGGCAUCCCCACCCUCAUCGUGCUGGACCCUCAGGGGGAGGUGAUCACGCGGCAGGGCAGGGUGGAGGUGUUGAACGACGAGGACUGCAGGGAGUUCCCGUGGCACCCCAAGCCUGUGCUGGAGCUCUCCGACUCCAACGCUGUGCAGCUCAAUGAGGGCCCCUGCCUCGUCCUUUUUGUAGAUUCUGAGGAUGACGGAGAGUCUGAGGCCGCCAAGCAGCUGAUACAGCCAAUAGCUGAGAAGGUCAUUGCCAAGUACAAAGCCAAAGAGGAGGAGGCGCCGCUUCUGUUCUUUGUGGCAGGGGAGGAUGACAUGACCGACUCCCUGCGAGAUUAUACCAACCUGCCCGAGGCUGCCCCUUUGCUCACCAUUCUGGACAUGUCCGCCCGGGCCAAGUACGUGAUGGACGUGGAGGAGAUCACCCCUGCCAUCGUGGAGGCCUUUGUGAAUGACUUCCUAGCAGAAAAGCUCAAACCGGAGCCCAUCUAGUGGGGCUCUGACCUCAUGAGACAUUAUUUAAAACUCUUCUCCUCUUCCUCCUUCUCCCCUUCUUCCCUCCACCCUUGGACUUUUCCAGCGUGUCCUGUAUCACACAACCCAAGUGUCCAACCUCUCUGUGGUGCCUUGUUCUCUGCAUUAACUCCUCAUCUAGCACCCUAGGGUGCACCUCCUCUCAGCAGCAGAAGAACCCACCAUGCUUGGAGACUCUGCUUGGGAUUCACAGGGCUGGCAUAACCCGCCAGGACUGGGACGCCACCACCGUAACCAUGAGCUCUGGCUGGAGUGUUUGCCAGGGCGUUCUCCUGCUGGUGAGCCCGGAGGGACAGCGCAUCGGUGCUCUGGUCUGCCCCUGCUGUCGGCAUGCCCACGCAGUGCCCAGGACAGCUCGGUGACAGCUGGAUGUGUGGGUGGAGCAGGGAAGGGCCGUGGCCUUUUAGGUCUUGCCGGUGAGAACAUCCUUUCUGAAGUGACCUAGUCUCUGUUGGUCUGAGGGGAGCCCACCACCUUGUCAGUUGCUUUUUGGGCAGCCUCUCCAGAUAGCAAUGGAAGCCUGUGUUCUCUUCUUGUGAGAAAGAGUAGCCGCCGUAACGAUUCAUGUAGUAAGUGCUUACUUUGAUUGAAUUCCUACCAUGUGGUAUGAAAGAGCUUCUCAUUCCUUCCUUAUAUCUUUUUCCUUCCUUGAUCUUGACCUUCUCCAGGUUUUGAACAGCCCGUACUCUCUUGGAAUUUUGUUAAUUCUUUCCCUUGGACAUCUUCCUGAGAAAGUGCACUUGGCCUUCCCUCUUCGAGGGGCACCGCCUCUCCCUCAGCCCAGCUCUGGGCCCGGGGCCACUGGAACUCUGCCGAGGUGCUUGUGCCCACCUUUGGUUACCCCUGUCGUUCCCUUUUCUUUUCAACUCAGAACUAAAGAGAGACAAGAAGUUACCAGAAGCCUAUGCUUUUUCCUGAGAACCUGCAGAAAGGGCUGUGCCCUGGAGUGGGAGUGAAGGCAGAGGACACACCAACCACAAGUAGGCCUUGGGUCCACUUUGCUAGGCCCAUGUAGCUUGGUUCCCUGUUUGGGCUGAAAUGACCAGGAAAAAGGAAAGUAACAGUAGCUGUGUUUUUAGGAUUCAGAUGGAGGGCUUUGCCUAGGGCUUCACAGGGUGUUUUAGUCUGUGUCAGCCGGGUGACGGGUCUUUCAAAUGAGCCUUGGCUCACUCACAGUGCUCGGCCAACCGAGACCAUCUGUUUGGAAAACCCAGCCCCCCAGUUAGCUGUUGACACCGUUGCUCCUCGCUGACUUGGAUGGUUGCCUUAUAGUUCAGAGGUACAAAACUAGUUGGUAAUUAGACUGUUACUUGAUGUCAUCAGCCUGAAACACAGUCACCUGGUAAGAAAUAAAGCAGGCAUCAUCUCUGGGUGUUUUCAACCACUUGGCCUUUCCUGUGCUUAUUAACAGAAAUCUUUUCACUUGUGGUGCUCUACUGGGGAGUCGGGGGGUGGGACAUACAAGAGCCUCUUAACUGGGACACCCGGUAGCUAUGUUUCAGAAUUUAAGAGAACUGAACGUAACAUAGCCAACUGUUGAGUCCUCAUGAAGCCAGGAAGCUCCUCUGGAUUAGAGUGCCAGAGACGCUUCCCUGCUGGGGCUCCGGCAGCCGUUUUUCUGGUCUGACUCGCCCUUGCAGGGGGAGGAUUCUCAGAUUAGACAAGCUUAUGGAUACUCGUGCUCAUACCCCACUGGGGGAGCAAGCACUCUGAAGCCGGAGAGGGCUAGUUGGAGAAGCACAAGGAAUCCCACACACAUCUCCCUGUGAGGAAUGGGGCAGUAGUGGAGACUCUCAACCCGGGCUCUAUCCUGCGGUUAGGGCCUUCUCUGGGAACCCCACCAGUGCCUCCCUUGGAGUUGGGGACAAGAUGAGGUCAGCCUCACUUAGAAGAUGGAUUUCUGCCUAUGCCCUAUGUCGUGAUGGCUUUGGAGGAAAGGUGGUCUCUCUUGGCAGCUGCUUCUCUUCCAGGGCAGAGGGAGCAAGGUCUGGUGAGGAGUCCCUGUGAGUCACUGUAGCAGGAAAACUAGGUCGCCCGUCAUCCUUCUAUGGCCCACACAGGCUGGACUGAACCACUUGACACAAAUGUCAGCUGGGUCCUUGACCCCAGAAUUCUCCUUCUGGAGUGGGUGUGUAGGUAAUAUCAGUGGGAUGGUGCUUGAGGUUCAUAUAGUGGUGACUUUGGAGGAAAUUCUGGCAAAAAUCACUUUGCCGGCACCAGUGAAAAGUCCCUUUCUCAACAAUGCGAGAGAUUGUAAAGGUUAAUGAUGCAGUUGAAGUGGGUGGCUUCUUAAUUCCCACUAAGCAACUCCAAAAUACCUUAAAAUUCUUGUCGCUGAUUGGAAGCAGGUUAAAACACCAGCUGCGACAUAUUCAAGGGCUUCUUCCACCAGUAGCAAGGGAAACCAUGCCCUGCAGGUUGAGGCACAUGGUGGCUGUAAGAAUGCCACCCUGGGGAUCGAGAUUUGUGUUCACCACACUGACUUCAGAUCUGACUACACAUUUUCACAAGAGAUGAGAUUUUUUUUCUACCUAUACCAAACAAUAAAGAUUUGCCUAAGAAAAAGGGUAUAUGUUUGGGAUUGGUAUAUACAGUGGGCAGCUGUAAAUGCCAGAGGGUGACUGGAAACCAGCUGCUUUUCCAGGAGUGAGGUGACUGCCUACUCUUCUUCUCAACCCACCUCCAAAACAUGUCCUCGAAAUCAAUGGCUCUCACUAAUCUGAGCACAGGGAGCCAGGACUGCUCAUUUGGCAUCAGCCAAGCUGCAAGUGGCAAUUGUCAACCAGACUUUGUUUUCUCUUGCCACCUAAUUAAAGACACCAAAAUGCU